UGGUAGAGAUAUGAGUGCACAACAAUAGGAGAGUAGAAUAUUAGAAGAAAUUGGUCAGGUCUUUUAAGUAAACCCAAUAAAGAUUAAAUUCUGCAAAGUUUAGUGAUGGGAUUACCACAAAUUUCAUCCCGCAGAACUUCUGAGGAGGAUUCAGGUUCAUUGAGCACAUUUGUGCAAAGUCUUCCUCGAUCUUCUGGUAUGAGCACUUGUGAUUUGGAUGAAAUGCAAGUUGGGAGUUUGAGAACAAGGGAUUCAGUAUGCUCUUCCUUAGGAGACUUUCAGAGGAAAACCUCAUUGGAGCUCUCCAAGUCCCCUGACAUUUUGUUUCAUAAAAGGACCAUAAAUGUUACAACAAAUGAUCAUGAUCCUACACUUGGGUUUAAGGAUAAUAAGGUUGAGUUGUUAACUUCUAAAGCUGGGCGGAAUAUUCAGAAACCUGUUUCCAGGAUUGUGGGUUUUGAAUCUGGUAGAAAGGGUGAAUUCGUUGAUGGAAUUGUUGGAGUUUCAACCAAUCAUGUUCGUCCUUCCAUGAUUGGUAUGUCCAUUAAUGAAUCUGAGUCCAGAAGAUUGCUUGUCAGGAAGCGAUUAUUGUCACCAUUGAAUGGUAUGUUUUUUCCUGACCAAUUCAGUGGUGAUCCUUUGAAUAUUGGCUGCAGCAGUUUCAGCAUUAGUUCUCAGGCCACAAGUGAUGAUUAUAGUGUUUCCAUGGUGCAAGAUUAUAAGAAAGCAAAUAUUGGAAGCAAAAAUCAUUUCACUACACCAAUUUCAUCUGUAUCUCAUUGCUCAGAAUAUGGCAUGCUAUAUGGUUACAGUAGAACAGCUUCCAUUUUCUGCACUGAUGGGCCUUUACUGGAGGACAAGGAACUAUUACCUCAUACUUGUUUAUCUUCCCCUAGACUUGGUCCCUUGAGAGAAUCAAGUAAGUCAAGAACCCAAGAUGGUUCAAUGCCAAUCCCUGCACGAAAGGUGAUCUUGCCCUCUCUUUCUUUGUCUCCCCUUGGUCCAAGAUUUUCUGAAAAGAUGAAGUCUGCAAGAGAAUCCAGGAAAGUCUGGAGGGAGACAGAGGGCGGUUAUCUAACCUUCAAAAAUGUGCAGCAGUCACUUGAUGAAAAUAUCUCAGGCAUUAUCUUUGCCUCUGAAGAAGAGGAUUUUAGGAUAACUAGCAAAUCUUUAGAUGAUAUAGAUUUUCUACACAAAGAAAUUGAAUCUUCUUCACCAGAAAAUAACACUGGAAAGUGUUGGCCUUUCUGUCUGGGUUUGGCAAAUGCCCCCCAUUGCAUGAAGCUGGGUAAAAGUUUGAGGGGACUUCCAAUUAGGAGGUCUUUGGUUGGUUCAUUUGAGGAAUCUCUAUUGUCUGGUCGGCUGUCGUCUGGAAAACUCAGUCAGAGAAUUGACGGUUUUCUAGCUGUUCUAAACAUAACUGGAGGGAGCUUUUCACCUAAAUCUCAGAAGCUUCCAUUUGCAGUGACGAGUGUUGAUGGAGAUAGCUAUUUACUAUACUAUGCAUCCAUCGAUCUUGCAGGAAAUCCUCCAUCUAACAAAUGCAGUAGCCAAAAUUUGAAAAGAGGCCUUAUCAAUCAUGAUUCACAAAGUGCCAAAAGCCGUUUGCGUAUUCCUGUGAAAGGGCGCAUACAAUUGGUCUUGAGCAACCCGGAGAAGACACCUCUUCACACUUUCUUUUGUAAUUAUGAUCUGAGUGACAUGCCAGCUGGUACUAAGACAUUCUUGCGUCAGAAGGUUACCUUAGCUUCUUCUGGCCCAACUCCUACACAUGGGAGAGGAGAGCAGAAAAAAUUUGACAUGAAAUAUGAGGACAAGGCCACUCUCGUCCCAGAGAGAAGUCAUGCUGACCAAAUCGUGGAUGGAGUAGAAGGCUCUGGAUCCAACGCAUGCCACAUAACUGAUGACAAGGGUUUCAGGUGGGUGGAUUUAUACUGUGAAAAUGAUAGGAAACCUGAAUAUUCUUUUUCAAAGUGUAAUGGGUAUACUACCAGUGUUGGUUCUCUACGUUAUGCUCUUCACAUUCGGUUUCUAUGCCCUUCCCCUAAGAAAUGCUCAAGGUCAGCCCAGAGAUGCAAAUCAGAGCCUCUUUCUGCACCACAAAGCAAUAGCUUAGAUAAUGGUGGGGAGCGGAGAUUUUAUUUAUACAAUGAUCUGAAGGUGGUGUUCCCUCAACGUCAUUCAGAUGCUGACGAAGGGAAGUUGAACGUGGAAUACCAUUUCCCUGAAGAUCCAAAGUACUUUGAUAUCAGUUGCUGAAAUAUCCACGAGGUUUUGCUGCUGUCUGUGUAUAUAAGUCUGUAGUAUGAUCGAUCCUUUUGGGCGAUUUUGUCUCGAAAUGGCAUAAACGCAUUUUCACCCGUAAAGGCUAUAAAUUACGGACAAUUUGAACUCUGCGCAUUGUUGGAAAUUCACAAGCUGAUAGGUCACGUGUCAAAAUUCAUUUCCUUUGUUAAGAUUUUUUUUUGGGGGUCACUCGUUCCUUUGUUAAGAUUCUCGCCACCACUUUGAUGUAGUAUAAUAUAAGUUCUUGUUGUACAAAAAAACUGAUGCUAGGCCAGAUCGCAAGUGACACAUGGAAUGACCGGUAGGGAACUUAAUGUUAGGGUCCUUCCUGAUCAUAGCUGUACUACUGAAACUGUGUUUUUUGUGUGUGGGGUGUGUUUGAGAGAGAGAGAGAGAGACAGAGAGGCGUCUGGGUUAUGCUUCGGAUGUC